AUGUUGAGCACUAAUUUGACUAGUGCUACUGCUCCAUCAAAUCCUGGUGAAAAACGUUUCCUUGAAGUUAAGGAUUCAAAGACUGGAAAAAUCAUCAAAAUUAAUGUAGAAGAAGGAAAUGCCAUCAGAUCAGUUGCUUUUGAACAAUUGGAUCUUGUUUGUUUGGAUCCUGGAUUUAUGAAUACAGCCAUUUCUAGAAGUAGUAUUUCAUAUAUUGAUGGUGAAAAAGGUAUUUUACGUUAUCGUGGAUAUGAUAUUGAAGAAUUGGCCGAAAAAUCAUCAUUCCUUGAAGUUGCCUUCUUGUUAAUCAAUGGUGAACUUCCAGAUAGAAAUCAAUUGAAUUUAUGGGAAGAAAGAGUUACUAAACACUCCUAUCUCCACGAAAACAUGGUCACCUUGUUGAAACAAUUUAGAUAUGAUGCUCACCCUAUGGGAAUGGUUAUUUCAUCAAUUGCUGCCAUGGGUACUUUCUAUGAAGAUGCUAAUCCAUCCCUCCAAGGAUCUGAUUUGUUCUUGAAGGGUGCUGAUAAGGAUUGUGUCAAGGUUGACUCACUUAGAUUUAAGCAAAUUUAUCGUAUUCUCGGAAAGUUGCCAACCAUUGCUGCCAGUGCUUAUCGUCACAGAAUUGGUAAACCUUACAAUAAUCCUGUCAAUAACCUUAACUAUACUGGUAACUUCUUGUACAUGUUGGACAGAUUGAGUGAAGUCAACUAUCAUCCAAAUCCAGUUCUUGCUCGUGCUCUUGAAAAAUUGUGGAUUAUUCACGCAGAACAUGAAAUGAACUGUUCCACUGCUGCUAUGCGUCACUUGAGCAGUAGUAGAGUUGAUCCAUACACCUCAAUUGCUGGUGCAUCUGGUGCCUUGUAUGGUCCAUUGCACGGUGGUGCUUGUGAAGCUGUUCUUCACAUGUUGGAAGAAAUUGGAACAAAGGAAAAUAUUCCAAAAUUCAUUGAAGAAGUCAAACAAAGAAAGAAGAAAUUGAUGGGCUUUGGUCACAGAAUUUAUCGUUCAUAUGACCCUCGUGCCAAGAUUGUCAAGAAGGUUGCCGAUGAAGUCUUCCAAGUUUUGGGCAAGGAACCAAUGAUUGAAAUUGCUGUUGAACUCGAACAAAUUGCCCUCAAUGAUCCAUACUUUAAGGAACGUAAAUUGUAUCCAAAUGUUGACUUUUACACUGGUUUGGUUUACAAGUGUUUAGGUUUCCCAGCUGACUAUUAUCCAGUUCUUUUCCUCAUUCCAAGAUGUGCUGGUUGGUUAGCUCACUGGAUUGAAAGUUUGGAAGAUCCUGAAGUCAAGAUUUUCAGACCAAAGCAAGUCUAUACUGGUAUUGACCAUAGAAAGUAUGUUCCACUCAAUCACAGAAAGCCUGCUCAAGCCAAUAAUGCUGAUGCUCUCAGAUCCUUCAUUUCACCAAUGUCUAAGCGUAGAUCUAAUGAUUAA